AUGUCAAAAGACAGUCGGCACUUUAACCCAGCAGCCUCCUGGACAUUUUCUCGACCUGGUAUAGGUAUACAUCAUUUGGUUCUUUCUCAAAAUAAUCAAGAAGUUUGCGUUUCGAUGUGGAACGGUUCUGUUAUGAUUCUUUCCUCUAGAACUGGUAAAGUUGGAUAUACAGUUCAAGUUGGUAAUGAAAACUCCGUAGUUACAUGCUCUAAAUUUAACCCUAACAAUAGUGAUCAGCUUCUUUCUGUUACUUCUGCUGGUAAAUGGGGUAUUUAUAAUUACAAGUCAGGAAUUAAACAAGAAGGCAUGUAUAAAUCUGACGCUCAUCUUUACACCUGUGACUUCUCUAGAAAAGGAGAUAAAUACGCAAUUGCAGGUAAAGAUGCCAUUAUUUCGAUUUUCGAUACGAAAACAGGUAUGAAAAUUACUGAUUAUACACAUGAUUCCCCAUCAGAAGGCCACGGACAUUCACAUCCUAUUUACGCUUUACUUUAUAAUAAAGUCGAAAAUAUCAUUUUCUCUGGAUCAGCUGACGCAACAGUAUUGAUGUGGGACACAAGAACAGCAUUACCGAUCAGGUCAUUCGGUGGCCCGGCUAUUAACGGCGAUACAAUCGAUUUCAGAAAUGAUAUCCUUCUUACUGGUGCUUGGAGACAGGAGAGACCAAUCGAGUUAUGGGAUACAAGGAGCGGAGAAGUGAUUAAUUAUGCUGAAUGGGGCCAAAAUGAUACAGUUAACUUAUAUACUUGCAAAUUCUGCCAAAGAACAGGAGAAAUCGUUGCAGGCGGCGCUGAAUAUUCUUCUAUUAAGAUAUUUGAUAAAUCUAUGAAACCUGUUCAGCGUCUUGGCGUUUUCAACGCAGCAAUCAAUAGUGCGGUUAUGUCUGAUGAUGGAAACAUUGUAAUUGCUUCAGAUCAGAAUGGAUCAACUCAAGCAUUCUUUUCUUCAGCAGUUAAUCAAGCUAACUAA